AUGAGGGCAAUCCUGAUAGACUGGCUAGUGGAAGUGGGCCAUAAAUUCGAGCUCAUGCCCGAGAGCAUGUACUUGACAAUGUACGUCAUCGACAGGUUCCUCUCCUUACAGGCGGUGCCUCGGCGGGAGCUGCAGCUCGUCGGCAUGGCUGCCAUGCUAGAUCUGGAUCACCUGCUCGUGUCUGUCUGUCUGUCGGUAGACGAUUUCAUAUCCAUAGCCGACUACUCGUACUCUCGGCAGCAGAUCCUGUCCAUGGAGAAGAACAUACUCAACAGCAUGGCGUGGAACCUCACCGUGCCCACCCCGUACGUCUUCCUGGUGCGGUUCGCCAAGGCCGCGGGGAGCGGCGACAAGGAGCUUGAGCAUAUGAUCUUCUUCUUCGCCGAGAUGGCGCUCAUGGAGUACGGGCUGGUCACCGUGCGCCCCUCGCUGGUGGCGGCGUCUGCCGUGUACGCCGCCCGGUGCACGCUGAAAAGAAGCCCCGUCUGGACGGAAACCCUCAAGCACCACACCGGAUUCGCUGAACCCCAGCUCCUGGAGCCUGCCAAGGUGCUGGUCAUGGCGCACGCGGCUGCUCCGGAGUGCAAGCUCAAGGCCAUCUACAAGAAGUACUCCUGUGAGCAGUAUGGGCGCGUGUCUCUGCGCCCUCCGGCAGUGGCCGCUCCUCAGCGCCUGGCCUAG